CUCUUGCCUCAUGAAUUCAGGAGUUCCUGAGCUAGAGGAGCAACUCAGGCCCCACCGUGGUCAGCAAUAUCCCGGGCUACCUUCGGAGCAUCUUGUAUCAUGCAGCAGGGGCCCUGGGAUGGUGGUGCCUGAAUGUAUCCCAUUCUCUCUGUCUUACAGACUGUGCAGUCUUCGCCUGAAAAAGCUGACGGUGCUGCGGGAACUAGACAAGGAGCUUAGCUCUGUGCUCAUUGCUGUGAAGAUCCAGGGCUCAAAAAGAGUCUUGAGAUCCAAUGAAUAUGUUUUACCACCUGGAGGCUUGAUGGAGACUGAUCUGGAGUUAACAUUUUCACUGCAGUAUCCACAUUUCCUGAAAAGAGAUGGUAACAAGCUCCAGAUCAUGCUGCAGCGCAGAAAGAGGUACAAGAAUCGAACUAUUCUGGGCUACAAGACUCUGGCAGUGGGCAUCAUUAACAUGGCUGAGGUCAUGCAGCACCCAACAGAUGGAGGGCAGCUUUUGGGUCUUCAUAGCAACAUCAAGGAUGUGAGCAUCCGGGUGGCUGAAAUCAGCAUCUACUCACUUUCUAGUCAACCUAUUGAUCAUGAAGAUGGAAAUGUCCCCUCUGGUCCCAAAAUCAAGGCAUCUGAUCGCUCCCCAGAUAUUGAUAACUAUUCUGAAGAAGAAGAUGACAGUUUUUCCUCUGAGCAGGAAGCCAGUGAUGAUGCAGUACAGGGCCAGGAUUUAUAUGACGAAGAGGAUGAAAUGAGGAAGCCAAAGAAAGCCAGGCGGAAAAUGAUCCGAACUACAUCAAUGACCCGACAACCAAACUUCAAGCAGAAAUUUGUUGCCUUGCUGAAGAGGUUUAAAGUGACAGAUGAGGUUUUGGAUUCUGACCCAGUGGAUCAGACCCAAGAAGUGGAGGAAGACCUGGGUCUGCUGUAUGACAGCCUUGAGGAAUGCAACAAUAGUGACAGCGGCCCUGAGAUUGAAGAUAAUGAAAGUGUUCAUAGCACUCCUAAACCAACGUUGAGGCGCUUCUUUGAGGGCGUCUCUCACUCUGGUUCCCAGACUGAGAUCAGCAGUCUGCACAGCCAAAAAGGGCAGGAGCAAGAGUCGGGCAGCCCUGGAGAAGCAGAGAAGUGGAAAGUGGGUAUCCCACGCACCCAAGAUGAGGCUGCUGUGGAAAAUGCAGCUAUGGAGCUGGAGGCAAACGAUUCCUGUCCAGGAGGCGCAGCUGAGACGGUAUUGAAGGAGAGCAGCAUGGACAGGCUUGCCCAACUGAGCAAUGUAAGCAAGCCGGAGUUCCCAGCCACUGUUUCCCCCAGCAAAGCUGAGAACAAGCAGCUUUGGCGACCUCGCAGUAUGUCUGUCAAGGAUAGACAAAACUCCAGGAGCCACAGUGAUCGAACCGGUAGCCUGGACAGUGAGGGCUCCCCAGAUUCCCGGCAGAACAGCCAGGUGCCCCGGAAAUCUGUGUAUGAUCAGCUCAACCAGAUCCUGGUCUCAGACGAGCAGCUGCCUGAGAGCAUCAUCCUGGUGAACAUCUCGGAGUGGCAAGGCCAGUACCUGUGUGAUCAGCUCCAAGAACACAAGCAACCCAUGGUCUCCACCUGCUCCAUGGCAGAUGUCCAGGCUGCCUUCAACACAAUUGUUUCUCGCAUUCAGAGAUACUGUAACUGUAAUUCCCACAUGCCUCCUCCAGUGAAAGUAGCUGUGGCAGGGGAUCAGAGCUAUCUGAGCAUCGUCCUGCGCUUUUUUGUGGAGCAACUAGCCAGCAAGACUCCCGAUUGGCUGAACUACCUCCGUUUUCUUGUGGUGCCCUUGGGCUCUCACCCCUUGGCCAAGUACCUUGGUUCAGUUGAUAAUAGAUACAGCACUCUGUUUCUGGAUGCGGCCUGGAGAGAGGUCUUUAGCAGAGUUGAAGCCCCUAGUUCAGAUACUGUGGACAUCCCUGGCCGGGUUGCUCAGUUCAUUACAGGUGCCAAUGUAUCUCACCAGCUACCCAUUUCAGAGGCCAUGUUGACCUACAAACAGAAGAGUUCAGGUCUAUGGGGUACAUCAGGCUUUUCCCUGCAGCCAAGGGGGACUGGCACACACCCAGAUGAGGAUUCCUGUCAGAAAUUUGUGCCGUUUGUUGGGGUGGUGAAAGUGGGACUUGUGGAGCAGUCCUUCAGCACUUCAGUUGAUUCUGAUGAUGCCACCAUCUGCUCCACCUCACUGCUGAGCUCAUCAUCUCCAUCUGGCGGAGGGAUCCCUUAUACCAAGGAAGCUGUAGGAACCCCUCCGCCCUCUCCCUCUGUCAGCAGUGGGCUCUCAGGAACUGGGAAUUUGAGCCCAGGUGUGGAGGUGAUGGGACUGCAGGUCGACUACUGGACAGCUCAGGGGCCAGAGAAGAGAAAAGAGGCUGAAAAGCGGGAAAUAGGCAUCAAGAACACCCUGAAAAGCAACUUCCGCUCCCUGCAGGUCAGCCGCAUCCCUAGUCCAGGAGAGCUCACCCCACCUAACACCAUGGCCAUGACUGUGGUCACCAAGGAGAAAAACAAAAAAGUGAUGUUCCUGAGUAAGAAACCUAAGGAGAAGGAUUUGGAACCCAAAAGCCAAGUGAUCGAAGGGAUUACACGCCUGAUCUGCACAGCCAAGCAUCAAAACACCAUGUUGCGUGUUUGUAUUGAUGGUGUGGAGUGGAAUGAUGUGAAGUUUUUCCAGCUGGCUGCACAGUGGCCAACCCACGUCAAACAUUUUCCGAUUGGUAUCUUUGGCUACUCAAAGAAUGUGUGAUAUGAAACAAGCAGCAUAGAAGAAUCCGGGCUCGGCCAGAUAGACCAGAGGAGGAGCAUCGACUUCCUUUGCUUCUGAAGACUGACUGCCCAUACAGAGCCGACUCUGGCAAGGGCUCUACUUGCUCCAUUUGUUCUGUGCAGGGAGCAUCCCAAUUUGCUUUAUGUCU